AUGGCUUCCGUUCAGCAGAAGAUCUUCCGCACGGCCAACGCCCCCACCGGCCCCGCCGAUGAGGUCGAGACCGUUGUCGCUCAGGCCCUCAUCGACCUCGAGUCCAACGUCUCUGAGCUCAAGGCUGAGCUCCGACCCCUCCAGAUCUCAUGCGCCAAGGAGAUCGAGGUCAAGGGCGGCAAGAAGGCUAUCGUCGUCUUUGUGCCCAUGCCCCAGCUCAAGGCUUUCCACAAGAUCCAGCAGCGUCUCACCCGUGAGCUUGAGAAGAAGUUCUCUGACCGCCACGUUGUCUUUGUCGGCCAGCGCCGCAUCCUCGGCAAGCCCAGCCGAAAGAACCGUAACCAGCAGCCCCGCCCUCACUCGCGCACGCUCACCGCCGUGCACGAGUCGAUCCUUGAGGACCUUGUUUAUCCCUCGGAGAUCACCGGCAAGCGCACGCGUGUUGCUACUGACGGGAGCCGCCUGAUCAAGUGCUACCUGGACUCGAAGGACGCCACCUCGCUCGAGUACAAGCUGGACAGCUUCUCGUCGGUCUACAAGAAGCUCACUGGCCGUGACGUUAGCUUUAUGUUCUCGUCGGACAACUAA